CUUUGUUUUGUGCAUAAUGCGGAUCGAAGUAAAAUUAUAAUUUCCUAGAUUUCGUUCCUAUUUCGGUCCUAUUACAGAACCGAUUAUUAAUCAAUAGCUUUCAUACAACCGAACGAUUAAUUACGAACCGACACAAUGUCGGAAAAGGACAAAUCGAAAUCCAACAACCAAACCAAACACAUACCAAAAGACGCUCAAGUGAUCAUGUCCAUAAUGAAAGAAGUUGGCGUCACGGACUACGAGCCUAGAGUUGUGAACCAGCUUUUAGAGUUCACUUAUCGAUACGUGACCUCGAUAUUGGAUGACGCGCGCGUGUUCGCGAACCACGCGAAGAAGAAAUCGAUAGAUAUAGAAGAUGUGCGGUUGGCUGUGCAGCUGCAGUUGGAUAAGUCGUUCACGAGUCCGCCGCCACGGGAGGUGCUGCUGGAGAUCGCGAGAGUGAAGAACGUCAAUCCACUGCCUUUGAUAAAGCCGCAUUGUGGGCUGCGCUUGCCUCCUGACCGUUACUGCCUAUCAGCCUGCAACUACCGUCUCCGGCCAGCAUUCAAGAAAGUGGCAUCUAAGCCGGCCGUGGUCCCCACUCCCACCGUCAAGACUGUCACAUCUUCGAAGGGCGCGAACCAGAAUGUGGUGGUGAAGCGGCCGAGCGGGGCUAUAGUCAAUGUGUCAUCGGCCAAGCCCAGUGUUGUGCCUAAACCUGUGCUUAAGUUUACUUCAGGCAGUAAGGUGGUCGCGAAGCCGGCCGUGCGCGUGACCGCGGGCCCGUCCACGCAGGGCCCCGUCAAGAUGGAGCUCGACCCGAUGGACUCCGGGCCCAUGAAGAGGAAACGCGAGGAUGACGAUUACGACUUGUAGAUCUCUGUACUCUUUUUGAGCGUUUCUUUUAUUAUUUGCCAUUUUAUAUAUUGUGACCUUUUUUGCCACUUUUGUGUUAUUUCUGGUCAGGAUCACGAGCCCUUUUCAUCCUUUUAGGAUUUCUCCUAUAAGGUCCUAAAGUAUAGUGUCCUAAAAUUUCCAUACAUUUUUCAAACUUUCCUUUUUGUUACCGCCAUACAAAGUGUAUGGGGAAAUGAGGAAAAAAACUCUGGGACAUUUUUUAUCCCAUUAGAAUCGAAAGAGCUCGUGAUUCUGAGUAGAAAUAACACAAGUGGCAAAAAAGUCGCAAUAAAUUAAAAUGCCAAAAUAUAAGGGGUCAUCCAUUA